CGCGCCAUUGUUGGGGGAGGGGGCGGCUGCUGAGCGCGGCGGAGUCGGGGGGCGAGCGGAGGCGGCGGCGGCGGCGAGGAGUGGAGGCGCCCCAUGGGGAACUCGCUGUCUUGUUGCGUGUCCCCCAGUGCCAGCCCCAAGUUGGGCCGGCGCACAGGGUCAGCGGAGCCGGACUACGAGUCUGAGGUCUACGAGGCGGCGGCCGGGGACGCUGUGGCAGUAGCUCCGGCGCCGGCUGCCGUGGAACCCGCCGAGUUGGAUUUCGGAGGUGGCGAAGGCCACCACCUGCAGCACAUCAGCGACCGGGAGAUGCCCGAAGACUUAGCUUUGGAAUCAAACCCUUCUGACCACCCAAGGGCAAGCACAAUUUUCCUGAGCAAAUCUCAAACGGAUGUGCGAGAAAAGAGGAAGAGCAACCAUUUAAACCAUGUAUCUCCAGGGCAGCUUACUAAAAAGUAUAGCUCAUGCUCAACAAUAUUUCUAGAUGACAGCACAGUCAGCCAGCCUAAUCUUAGAACCACAAUAAAAUGUGUGACCUUAGCAAUAUAUUACCACAUAAAGAACAGAGAUGCAGAUAGAUCCUUGGAUAUUUUUGAUGAGAGAUCACAUCCACUCACACGAGAAAAGGUUCCAGAGGAAUACUUUAAGCAUGAUCCUGAACACAAAUUCAUUUACAGAUUUGUUCGUACUCUUUUUAGUGCCGCACAACUAACUGCUGAAUGUGCAAUAGUAACUUUGGUUUACUUAGAAAGGCUUUUAACUUAUGCUGAGAUCGACAUUUGCCCCACUAACUGGAAAAGAAUUGUUUUGGGAGCCAUUCUUCUUGCCUCCAAGGUUUGGGACGAUCAGGCUGUAUGGAAUGUGGACUACUGCCAGAUCCUCAAGGACAUUACAGUUGAGGACAUGAAUGAGAUGGAAAGGCACUUCCUGGAGCUACUUCAGUUUAAUAUUAAUGUUCCUGCCAGUGUGUAUGCCAAAUACUACUUUGACCUUCGCUCCUUAGCAGAUGACAACAACCUGAAUUUUCUAUUCACUCCUCUUAGCAAAGAAAGAGCACAGAACUUAGAGGCCAUUUCCAGAUUGUGUGAAGACAAAUACAAAGACUUGUGUAGAGCUGCUAUGAGAAGGUCUUUCAGCGCUGAUAAUUUCAUUGGUAUUCAGCGCUCCAAUGCCAUCCUCUCUUAAGGGAGAAGUGAGGGGUUGUAACAUCAUAAACCCAUCGUAACAAGGACUGGAGAAAUAUCACCUCUCCUGCUCAGAAACCAGCAAAGUUAGUAUUUUCACCUUAAAGAAAGGCAUUGAAUUCAAGAGACUCAUGGACAAGCGAAGAUUAUGCUCAUAGGAAAGAACGGGACCUCGUCAAUGUAACACACUCUUCUGUCCUUUUUAAUGUAAACAGAGUUACAAAAACCACUCCAAAGCUAAAAGCUCCCAAUCCCCGCACAGAUACCUGCUUACUAUGUAGGCCGAUAGCUGUGAACUAUGUGAGGAUUUUUAAUUAAUAGUUAAAAUUUUUAGACUUUAAAGACACUAAUUAUAUAACUUUUACGUUUUUCCUGUUUUUCUUGCCUCACUGUCCCAUACUGCUGCAUAUUCCUUUAGAAUCAGUGCAGUAUUACCAUUAAAAAAUGUGACUCCUAACAACUCAUAAAGCCAAACUUAGGAACAGACUGUUGUAGCAUCGUUAGGUUUUGAAGGGUUCUUCCUCCCUACUAUAUCAUUGAAGCUGCUAGUCAUUAUUGGCAAUCAAUUUAAACCAAAAAGCUGCUGAAUAACACUUGUCAUCCAAAUUCUUUGCAGGCAGUACUUAAUAGCAUAUUAGCAUGUUUGGGAUCAUAAACAGAGAAAGUAGGUUAUUUACUUCUAUUGGGUCCGUGCUGCAUUUCUUGUUAACUAUAAUGGUGCUUCUGAUUUUGUGAUGAUUUUCCUCUCUGUUAAAUACUUGUAUUAAAGGAUAUUUUCAUAAUUCCAGCCAACAUGGUGGUCCAGUAAUUAACAAGCCGGUAAUGAAAUAGAAGGUGUCCCAAAAGUCUUCGUGCAAUUUCAAGCUUUAAUAUAGUGCGCUUGGAUACUCCAGAACACUGUUGCAGAAGUAUAAAUGCUACAGACUGGCAAAACAUCACUUGAAAGUUUAAUCGAAUUUCUUCUAAACUCAUUUAGUUUUGUAAAUUUUAAACAUUAAGCUUUUAAUAUUAAUAUUUUGUUUCAGCCCCUCUUGAGGAUAGCAAACAAUGGGCUGAAACAAAAAAAUUAAAAUUAAGAGCUUAAGGUCAGAAUGGCCAUCAUCAAAAAAUCUACAAACGUGCUUGCUUCGGCAGCACAUAUAAUAAAAUUGGAAUGAUACAGAGAAGAUUAGCAUGGCCCGUGCGCAAGGAUGACACGCAAAUUCGUGAAGCGUUCCAUAUUAAAAAUAAAAUCUACAAACUAUAAAUGCUGGAGAGGAUGUGGAGAAAACGGAACCCUCUUGCACUGUUGGUAGGAAUGUAAAUUGAUACAGCCACUAUGGAGAACAGUAUGGAGGUUCCUUAAAAAACUAAAAAUAGAACUACCAUAUGACCCAGCAAUCCCACUACUGGGUAUAUACCCUGAGAAAACCAUAAUUCGAAAAGACUCAUGUACCACAAUGUUCAUUGCGGGUCUAUUUACAAUAGCCAGGACAUGGAAGCAACCUAAGUGUCCACUGACAGAUGAAUGGAUAAAGAAGAUAUGGCACAGGGCUUCCCUGGUGGCGCAGUGGUUGAGAGUCUGUCUGCCAAUGCAGGGGACGCGGGUUCAUGCCCCGGUCCAGGAGGAUCCCACGUGCAGCGGAGCGGCUGGGCCCGUGAGCCAUGGCCGCUGAGCCUGCACCUCCGGAGCCUGUGCUCCGCAACGGGAGAGGCCACAACAGUGAGAGGCCCACGUACUGGGGGGAAAAAUAAAGAUAUGGCACAUAUAUACAAUGGAAUAUUACUCUGCCAUAAAAAGAAACGAAAUUGAGUUAGUUGUAGUGAGGUCAUACAGAGUAAAGUAAGUCAGAGAAAAACAAAUACCGUAUGCUAACACAUAUAUAUGGAAUCUAAAAAAAAAAAAGGUUCUGAAGAACCUAGGGGUAGGACAGGAAUAAAGACGCAGACAUAGAGAAUGGCCUUGAGAACACGGGGAGGGGUAGGGGUAAGCUGGGACGAAGAGAGUGGCGUGGGCAUAUAUACACUACCAAAUGUAAAAUAGAUAGCUAGUGGGAAGCAGCCGCAUAGCACAGGGAGAUCAGCUGGGUGCUCUCUGACCACCUAGAGGGGUGGAAUAGGGAGGGUGGGAGGGAGACGCAAGAGGGAGGAAAUAUGGGGAUAUAUGUAUAUGUAUAGCUGAUUCACUUUGUUACAAAGCAGAAACUAACACACCACUGUAAAGCAAUAUUAUACUCCAAUAAAGAUGUUAAAAAAAUGAGUUUAGAAGAAAUUUAAUUAAACUUUCAAAUGAUGUAAGUUUGUGGCAUUUAUACUUCUAUAAGUAUCGAAGCUUAAGAUUGCACUAGGACUUAAGGGGAUACCUUGUAUCUUCAUAGACCUGCCCUCCUCUUUCUAAAAUAGUCCUUUGCAAGGCUGGGCUGCUUACCUGCUUGAUCACCUAAGUUUCUUUUUUCUAGAUUUGGUAAAGGAAUUACGAACAACAAGUGUUAAUUCACAUGUAAUAAAUUGAAAGGAACUGGACCCUAAUAGUAGUGAUAGGAGAGUAAGUGAUAGGAAACAGCUUUUCUAUCCUAUGUGUUAACCUGGCUGUAGGUGUCUCACUUCAAGUUCUAUUUAAGAGGAAACAUAUAAACCUUAGGAACCCUUAACCUCAGGCUUUAAAAGGCAGGGAGGUCCAGUAAUCAGUCUUUUAGGAGAUUGGUAACGAUGUCACCUAAACUUGAAAUAUUUAAAAAAAAAAAAAAAAAAGUUAGUGUUCUCAACUAUGUGAAAUCUUUCUCCUCCUACCUUCUCAAAUGUAAUCCUAGGAAUUUUGCCUGUAAACAAAGCAUUUCUGGGCCAGAAAUACUUUCUCUCUUUAUAGCAAGGCUUCACAUUAUAUUGAGUGCUGCAGGUUCCAUCAUUUUUAAAGGACAGAGACAUAAAUGAUAAAUUAUGGUAUAUAAAAUAUUACAAUCUACCACCUCAAAAAAUAUUG